AUGCCGGCCAAAAAUAUCCCGCUUACCAAAAACCCGUCUUCCUCACGUAACAGUAUACAGAGCGGCUCAAAUGAUGAAGAGAAUUCAUCAUUAAAAAUUGUCAUAACUAAAAACACGCAGAACAAUCCAAACGAUAGCCCAGAUUGGAUAAUUAAAACCGGAAAACGUCAUAAUUCCCCAGGCAUUUCUCCUACAUCAAAAGGAACCAAUACCAAACAAAACAAAUUUACAUACACUACUCACAACCGCUACGAAGUACUCAACAUCUCAGAUAAUGAAACGGAAAAAAACACUGAAAAGGAGGGUGAAAACGAAAAUAUGCAAACCGAAAACACCAUACUGCCUCCAACUACUCCACCAAUAUUUAUCACCACACCAGUCAACUAUCAAAAUUUUUGCAACCAAAUAAAAACCUUAAUCGGCGACGAAGAAUUCCUAUGCAAAACCACAACCAAAAAUCUCAAAUUAACACUAAAAUCGUCUCAAUCCUUUCGUCAAGUAAUCAAAUUACUAAACGACAAUUCUGUGGAAUACUUUACUUACCAAGCGAAGGAAGAGAAAUCAUAUCGAGUAGUUAUUGUUAUUAAUCCGGCACCAAAUAACCCAGAAAUAUUUAAGCUAAGGACUAUUUGCCACUCAAUAGUCAAGAUCGAAGAACCUCAUUCCAGACGUGACAUACCUCAAUGCCACCGAUGUCAAAAUUACGGACACACGCGUACCUACUGCAAUCGCCAACCAAGGUGUGUCCGCUGUGGCCAAGCCCACCUUACCGACAUGUGCGAAAAAUCCAAGGAUCUACCGGCUACCUGCGCUAUAUGUGGGAAAGACCAUCCUGCCAACUACAGAGGUUGCGCUGUACACAAAGGACUCCAAAGAUCCAGAAACACGAAGGACGCUAGUAAGGACCCAUCCAUUCCAACCAUCUCCAGCCAACCAGACAACAACGAACAACACACUCAACAAAACAACUCAAAGGGUAAGCCCCCCAGCAAUGUCACCUUUCCUCGUACUUAUUCAGACACAGUCAAGUCAUCCAGCCCAUCUAAUCCUCAAAAAGGGGAGCCUAAUGAAACCCCACUUUCCACCCAACUCUCAUCUUUCCUCGAAAAUUUUCAAUCCCUUAUCACACCCUUAAUAAAUCUACUCACGACUCUUAUAAAUAAAAUUUUAAUCAAUAAUGAAAAUUAA